CACUCCUCAGCAGGUAAACCAGCCAACCAGGAACUUAUGGAGAAAGCAUGGUGCACAUUUCAAGAUUGCCAUCCAUAGAACAAUUGGAAGUCAAUCAUCUCCUAACCAGAGACUUCCUUCCCUCCUUCAGCCAGUUUUACCAGCCUAAAACUCCAGUAAAAGAAAAUGGGGCUCAUGGAUGUCUUUAAACUUUGUUCUUUGGAAAUGAAUAUGACAGCAGUAACCAUCACCUUCCUGGUAUUCUUCUUGGUCUUACUUUAUUGGUAUUCCACCUCUACAUACUCCAGACUAGAGAAAAUGGGCAUCCGCCAUCCUCCCCCUUUGCCUUUCAUUGGAAAUCUGCUAUAUUUCCGCAAGGGCUUUUGGGAAAACCACAACAAACUGAUAAAUGAGUAUGGACCUGCUUGUGGGUAUUACAUUGGCCGUCGAAUGUUUGUGGUGAUAUCUGAACCAGACUUGAUAAACCGUAUCUUAGUGGAGGAUUUCAGAAACUUUACUAACAGGAUGUUUCAUCUUUGA